ACCACCGUGGCCCGCUCUUCUCUUUCUAUUUCUCUGUUUUUCUGUCUCUGCUCCACCCCUUUUGUCACUAGCCAGCCAAACAGUCCGGCCAAGGCGGAUGUGUGAGGAUGAUUCAGUAGUGACAGGAAGCCAACUGCCUUGUCUGCUGCCCGCCAGAGUCGGUGGUGUUGGCAUCAGCUUGGGCAGGUGUGCCGGCACAAGAUGGGGUGGCCAUGGUGAAGAACCCCCACUCUCAGCUCUGCAGGCCCCUCCCCAAGCCAGCAUGAAUGCCGAGUUGGAGCUACUGUGGCCAUGGUCAGUCCCGCUGCUGCUGCUGCUGGGAGCCACAGCCUGGCUGUGUGUCCGCUGCUCCCGCCCAGGGGUGAAGAGAAAUGAGAAAAUCUACGAGCAGAGGAACCAGCAAGAAAAUGAAGAGAGCUUUACCGUGGCUCAGACCUACUCCCUGGCCAGGCCAGUAUGGGCAGGAUCUCUGAUGGACACAGCCUCAGACAAGUCAUCGGAAAGGAAGAACAAGAUGCUGUUUUCUCACCUCGAAGGACCUGAGACCCUUCGGUACCAGAACGUCUACAAAGGAAGCAGACAUGGGCCUGAUGCUUCCUAUGUAGAUCCCAUCCCCACAGACUACUACAACUGGGGAUGUUUCCAGAAGCCCCCAGAAGACGAUGAUUCCAACUCCUACGAGAAUGUGCUCAUCUGCAAGCCCACUGCCCCUGACUCAGGUGGCGAGGAAUCUGAGGAUUACCAGAACUCAGUGUCCAUCCGAGAGUGGCGAGAAUCAAGGAGGACUGUGGGUGCACAAGUGUCCCCAUCAGGAAGCCCAGAUGAGGAGCCAGAUUAUGUGAACGGGGAUGUGGCCACGGCUGAGAAAGUCUAGGAGAAAUCAAUCGGAAGGAAGGGCCUGAAAGGGACCACGAUCUGAAGUUCACUGCCCGCUGAAGCCUAUUUUCCAGGAAUGCUGGAGUUUCAGACCUGGCUGUGGCUGCCCCUGGGAGAAACUGGAAUGGAACUCGAUAGGGAUGCAAUCUUCAAGCAACACCCUGGACUUUGGGGGCAAAGCAGGUGCCUGGGGACAUUGGCUGUGGUGACCAGACGCUCAGGACCUGACACAGGCUGUGUCCCUAGUACCACAUCUAAAAUACAGCAUAACACUGAUUUUUUUUUUUUUUUUAAACAAGGUCUCAUUAAAUUGCUCAGGCUGGUCUCAAACUUGGAAUCCUCCAGCCUCGGCUCCAGUGCUGGUAUCACAGGGUGUAUCACUCACUACACCUGACCUUGUAUCUCCCCCCCCCCCUUGUUUGGACCUCAAAUUGCUUAUGAAUGCUGAUUUCUGGGAAUGUUACCUGACUUUCUAUAGUUGACUUCAAUUGCUGGAGCUGUAUUUAACAUUGUCAAUGUCAGAGUCUCCCAGAGACUCUGUCCUGCCUCCCAGAGAGCAUUACACAUACUAACUUAAAUGAUGAGUGUGGUGUAGGGUAACCUGGGGUCUACUUGUUCUUAGCUUCAAUUUGCUCAUUCCUGCAGGGAGACAAAAGUGGUCUCAGCAACCAUCAAUAAACCCUGUGAGUUUCCGAGCAGGCUCUGCCA